AUGAUGCAGGAGGAGCUCGAGCAGAUGGAGCUCCAGGGCGGCGGCCGAUCAGACGCUCGACUUCAGCGCGACGUCGACGACGCCAAUCUCAGGGCCGAAGCCGCCGAGCGAAGGCUCAACGAUCUCACCUCCGAGCUCGACGUGAUGCGCGAGCAGCUCGAGCGCGCCAAGAGCGAUAUCCGCGAGGAGCAGCGACGGACGACCGAGGCGCAGUCCAAGGUUAAGUCCGCGGAGGAUGACGUGAAGGAGCUCUCCGAGCAGCUGGCGGCGGAGAGGCAGAAGGUUCAGUCGCGGCGCAGGGACGACGUCACGGACAGGGAGCGCGCGGCGCAGCGCAACCAGGAGGUGGCGCGGUACCAGAAGGAGAACAAGCUCCUCGCCGAGGAGAACGAGCGCCUGAACGGCAGGCUCGAGGAGCUCAUGGCGGAGUGCGUCGGUCUCUCCGAAUCGCUCGUUCAGAUGGACGACGCCGCGCAGGCGUGGCGCGGCCGCGAGGCUGACGUCGAGGCCGCCGCCGAGGGUUUGAGACGCGAGCGCGAUAAGCUCGCGGCGCAGCUCGAGACGAAUCGCAUGGACCUCGAGGAGCGAACGCAUCUCCUCCAAACCUUUGAGGAGAAGUUUUCCGAGGAGUACGCCAAGUGGGAGAAGGAGCGAGCCGAUUUACGAGCCGAGAAUGCCGGGCUUCGAGCGUCGGGCGGCCUCGACGUCGCCCGCGCGUACGAGGACGGCGGCGGCGUCGGGUUCGCCUUCCCCGCCCCGUCACCGAGGCGCAGGGAGACGCUCAACGUCGCGCGGGACGUGGGCGGUUCUCGAAGCCAGGCUAACCCCGAGGACCCGCGAUACGUCGAGGAGCUCGAGUCGGAGGUUGCCGAGCUCAGGGACCUGCGCGUGCUGCUGCUCGAGGCGUACGAUCAGCUCGAGCGGGACGUCGGGCGCGAGGUUGACAUCGCGCUCAAGCGCCAGGCGAAGCACCACGCCAACCUCGAGGCGAAGGUUGGCGUUCAGGAGCAGGCGCUUGAGGCUGAGUCCAAGCGGUUCCGGACCAUGGACAAGGCUCUGCACGACGCGCAGGAGGACCUCGCGGAGGCGCAGGGGCGACUCGCGCAGUACGAGGCUGGUGUGUACGGCCUCUCGGAGGCGAUGCGCGACCUCAAGGCGCUCCGGAUGCAGGUGAGGGCUGCGGAUCAGCAAGUUGAGGACGCCGUGGCGCAGUCCAACGCGCUCGGUCGUAAAGUCGAGGAUCUCACCGAGGAGACCCGUUUCUUGCGUCAGCAGGCGGGCAUCCCCGAGGACGCCGACAUCGACCUCGGCGGGUUCAAGCUCAAGUCGAAGGUGGAGGCGGCGCAGCUCCGGGCGCUCAACUCGCAGCUCGAGCGGGAAGUUGCCGACCUCGAGGAGGACCGGAGGCGACUUCGAAACGAGCUCCGGUAUCGCGCCAAGUGGCAGGGCGAACACGCCGCGAGGCUCGGGCUCUCCGCCAGGCAGCUCGCCAUGCUCGAGGAGUACGCCGACGCGCUCCGGUUCGGCAAUGACGCCGUCUUCAAGGAGGAUCUCGUUCGAUACGACGGUUCGUCGGGUAGCGACGCGGAGGGUCAGCAGCAGCCGGCGGUUCGGUACGAUCCCGCGGUUGGCAUCGGCGCCCGCGCCGUCCAGGAGCUCGAGGCUGCGAACAAGCAGCUGCAAGAGCGACUCGCGGAGGCGCUCGAGCGGCUGCAGAGCGGCGGGACCGGCAUCGACGGUCUCAUGGCCGCGAUGCGUCCGACGGAGGGACAGCAGCAGCAGCAGCAGCAGCAGCAGCAGCCCGACUACGGAGCCGCCGCCGCCGCCGCCAUCGCCGCCGCGGUUGCGUCCGCGGGGGGCAGCCAGGCGGAGGCUGCGAGCGCGGCGCAAGUUGCCGAGCUUCAGCAGCAGCUGGCGCGCGCGAGGCAGCAGAUCAUGCGCCUCGAGGAUGGAUACCACGAGGCUAUGAUGCGCUCCUCCGUGCAGCAGAUGCCGCCGGCGAUGCAGCAGCAGCCGAUGUCGCAGGCUUCUCAGGAGAUGUCUCGACAGGAGAUGCUCGCGGAGAUGACCCGACAGCAACAGGAGAUGUUCGCGCGGAUGUCCAAUCAACAGCAGCAGGCGUUCCAGCAGCUCUCGCAGGGUCAGCAGCAGCUCGUCCUGGGCCAGCAGGGCCUGUCGCAGGGACAGCAGAGCGGCGUCUCGCAUUCCUUCGCGACCGAGCCGCAGCCCUCGAGCAUGUACCAGAUGCCGCAGCCCCCGGGCUCCCCGGUGCACCCAUCCGUCGCCGAGGCGAUCGCACUCGCCGAGGCCAAGGGUGCGCAGGCUCUCGCCGAGGCCAACGCCAAGGCUGCCGCGGCUCAGGCCGCCGCGCAGGCUCAGGCUGCCGAGGCGCAGCGCAUGAUGGCCGAGAUGUCCCAGCAGCAGCAGGAGGCUUUCCAGCGCAUGUCCCAGCAGCAGCAAGAGGCUUUCGCGCACAUGUCGCAGCAGCAGCAGCAGUCGCUGCUCGCGUCGCAAACCCAGGCGGUUGCCGCGGCGGGCGCGACCACCGCGCCCGUCGCGCCGGCCACCACGCCCCCGCUCGCCGCGCCCGUCCCGGAGCGACCGACGACGCCGACGAAGAGCACGUUCGCGCAGACCACGCGGCACCACACCGCGACGCACGGCACGAUCACCUCGCCGCCCGCCGUCGCCGCGCCUUCCGAGCCCGUCGUGCCAUCCUCCAUGUACGGCGACGCCAUGCGAACGGUGGAGAGGCUGCGCGGGGAACGCGACGCGCUCUUCGCGCGAGUCAGCGCGCUGCAAGCUGCCCUCGACGCCGCGCCGGGCCUCAACGCGGCCCCGGUGUCCUUCAACAUCCAGGCGGCGGCGGGCUCCGCUCCCGGCCAGCAGAUGCAGCCCCCGGGCGCGAACAAUAACCCCGCCGUCGCCGCCGCCGCCUACGCCGAGGCGCAGCGCGCGAGGGAGGAGUGCGCAGCCGCCGAUCGCGCGCUCGCGGGCGUCGUCGCGGACCUCGCAGCCAAGGAGGAGCAGCUCGAGCAGAUGGCGAUCGACGUCGCCAAGUACAAGCAGGCGUUUGCGGAUAUGGGAGCCACCCGCUCGGCGCUCUACCGCGAACACGUGCGAGCCAAGACGGCUUGGGCGGAGGAGCGGAGGCAGCUCGCGGAGCGCGCGCGUCGCGCCGAGACGGAGGCGGAGACGAACGCCGUCGAGGCGAAAGACGCGCAGACGCUCGUCGAGAGGCUCAAGCCCGGCGCGGAGAGUGGGCUCAAGGAGGCGUUGGCGGCGGCGCAUUCGCGCUUGGCGGUGCUCCAGGUGAGGGAGGUUCGGCUGUCCCGCGCGCUGGAGACGGCGUCAACGGCGGAAGCCCAGGCGCGCAAGGACAAGGAGGAGAUGGAGAUUGACGUCCAGGAGCUCUCGAGGGCGGCGCAGGAGAGGCUGGCGUUCCACGAGCGCCGCGCCGCCGAGGCUGAGCUUCGAGCCGCGCGGUGCCAGCGAGAGCUGGACCUCUGCGUCCCCAAGCACGAGCACGCCACCCUCGCGGACAACCACCGCACGCUCCAGGCGAGGUUCAAGGAACUCCUCGCGCUCCGCGCGGACAACGCCGUGUCCGCGGCGCAGCUCCGCGCGGCCAAGGAGGAUGCCUCCACCGCGCGGGCGGAGGCUGAAGCCGCCGUCCUCAAGGCGCAACACGAGAAGGCUCGAGCCCGCGAGUUAUCGCUCGCGCUCGACGCCGUCGCGACCAAGGAGGGCCGCGACGCCUUCUCGCAGGUGGAGGCGCGCAAGGAGAUCGCGGAGGUUCGCGCCCAGCUCGACGCGGGCAAGCGAGCCGCGGAGCUCGCCGCGCGGGAGACGAGGCGUGUAGUCGAAGCGCGCGACGACUUGGAAGAAUCCGUUCGAGCACUGGAGACGGAGCUUUCCCGGGCCAAGGCUCAGCUGCACGAAUCCCGCGAGGCUGAGCGCCAGCACCUGCAGAAGCUCAGCAGGUGCGUCAGCGAGGAUAAGCACCGAGCGGAGAUGGAGGCUGUGGUCGCCGCGGAGGAGGAGGCUGCGCGCCUUCGGUCCGAAGUUAUCAAGGCUGAAAACGCCAAGGCUGCCGCGGAGACGGAGCUCGGUAAGCGAGCGGCGACCAACGCGUCGCGAGACGCCGAGCUCGCCGCGUUGCGUUCCGCGGUUCGCGAGAUGGAGCGAAGGUCCGACGCCGCCGCGGCUUUGGCUCGAGCCAACGAGGAGACGGUUCGGCUCAAAUCCGCCGCCGCGCAGCUCAAGCACGAGAAACAGGUGGCGGAGGCUGAGGCGGACCGGCUCCACGGCGAUUGCCUCAGGCUCCACCGGCGGUUGCAGGUUCAGGACUCGCGCCUGUUUGGCCUGAGGGAGGAUGCGCGGAAUUUGCUGCAGGCGCAGGAGGCUGCGCUCGCCCGCGCGGAGGCUGCGCUCGCCGGUUGCAUAGACGCGGCGGAUGCGGAAAAGUGGGAGCGCGCGCUCAACGACCUUCGCAAGGGCGCCGCGAGACGCGAAACCUUACUCGCCGACGCGCACGCCUCCGUCAAGGAAUCCGCGGAGCGCGCGGAUAAGGCUGAGUUUGAACUCGCGAUUCUCCAAAAGUACGUCAGGACGGCUGAGGCGAGAGAUACCUCGGGCGACGAGCACACGGACGCCGCCCUGCGAGAGAUUCGCUCGCUCGGCGAGGAGCUUCUGCAGUCCAAGCUCUCGGCUGCGAGGACGCAGCGCGCGUGCGCAGCCGCGGAGGACAGGCUACGCUUUCUCGAGGCUCGCGAUCGCGAACGCGAAGAGCACGUGCUCAAGAUUGAGGAGGCGACGCUCACCAAGGCGCAAGCCGGGGACGUCCGCGCGGACGACCUGCAGCGGCAGGUUCGCGCGCUCCAGCGCGAGCUCAUCGAGGCGAGGAACCCCACCCUCGUCGACGGGGGCGAAGUCACCAAGGGAGUUACGAUUUUAUCGGAGGAUGUCCCGGCGCCUCGACGCCGGGCCAACGCGGAGGCGCUCGCCGCCGUCGGUGCCGCCGCCGCCGUGGGCGUCCAACCCGGCGCCGCGUCCGUCGAGACCCAGCGCAUGGUCCUGCAGCAGAUUGAGGCGAUCCGCGCGCUCAAGGUUAGAGCCGCCGAGGCUGAGAGCAAGUGCGCGACGUUUGAGCGGGAAGUUUCUCACGCGCAGGCUUCGGCUAAAAACGCCGAGAACGAACGCGACGCGCUGCGCCGGCGGCUGGAGGCGCACAUCGCGGCGUCCGCGGGGGGCCUCGACGGCGGCGGCAUCGGCGCGCCGGGUUCCCUCGGCGAGGAGUCCGCGGUGGCGCAGGUCACCGCGGUGGCGCAGAGCACCAUCGCGCGUUUGCAAGAGUUGGUGAGCGAGAAGAACGCCGCGCUGACCCGCGCGCAGACGGCGAUGGCUGACCUGCGCACGGAUGCGCUCAAGAAGCAGGCGGAGGACCGCAAGACGAUCGAGGAGCUCAACGAGCUGCUGUUCAAGCAGAACCAGCGGGAGAUCAAGUCCAUGAAGGAAGCGUUGGACUUUGGCCCGAGGCCCGGAGGCGUCAACGGCGGCGACGCGAAGACCCUCGCCGGCAAGCCCGUCGCGGAACUCGUGGCGUUACUGGCUGAGCGCGAGAGCAUGAUCGAGACGCUGACCAUGAAGUUCGAGCAGCAGCGCGCGAGGCACGAGGCGGCGGAGGCUCAACUCGCGGAGCGCGCCGAGGUUCAGCAGGGUGAAAUCGCGCGAAUGUUCGAGGAGGUUGACCGCGAAAAGUCGAAGGGUCCGUCCCGCGUGGUGGAGACGCUCGUCUCGCGGCUCAAGGCGCAGAUGGCGGAGAAGGACAAGAGGCUCGCGCAGCUCAAGGAGGCGAUCAAGACGUUGGAGAAGAAGUUGGUGGAGGCUAUGCAAUCCCACGCGUCGAGGACGAUUAGGUCCAGCGACGCGUCCCGCGCGGAGCUCGAGCACGGCCGCGGCGCCGACGACCGCGCGCAGAAGCUCGCGGCGAAGCUCAAGAAGGCCCAGGACGAGCUCGCCAAGGCGAGGGAACGCGCGGAGGUUGCCGAGGCUGACCUGAGGCUCCGAUCGUCGUCCACCCGAGCGGCGGCGGCGGGGGCUUCAUCCUCCGUCGUCGUUCGCGGCGAUCACUCGAGGGAAGACGCCGAGGCGGCCAAGGCUGCGAACGAGCGCGCCGACGAGCUCGAGAAGCGCGUCAAGGUUCUCACCGCGCAAAACGCGAAACUCAACCGGCUCUUGGACGGGGAGAAGGUGCCCGCCGGCGGCGGCGGGUCGACGGCGCCGCGGUCCCCGGCGAGGACGUCGCACGUCGAGAACCAACCCCCGGCGAGUUCGAAGGAACGCGAGGACACGCUGGCGAGGUGGGAAGAGGGCGUCAAGCUGCGCAAAAAGGCGGAGCAGCUCGCCAAGAAACUCGCGGUACGCACCAAGGAGAACGAGGAGCUGGAGCGGCAGAUGGCGAAGCGCGACAGGGCGCUGCAGGACGUCACGAAGGAGCGAAACGCGCUCCAGACCAAGACGCAGCGUCUGACGCACGCGCUCGAGGUUGGGUCCUCAUCCGGUCCUCACGGUGCGAUGAGGUCGGGUCCGGACGCGGCGGCGGUGAAGGAGGUGGUGGACGAGAACGAGGCGCUUCACCGCGAGGUGGCGGCGCUUCAGCGCACCGUGGACGUGGAGCAAGCUGCGGAAAUCGCGCGGCUCAAGCGCCAGCUGGCAUCCGCCGGCCAAUCGCAGGUUCCCGCCUCCUCCUCCUCGCGGUACCCCUCCACCGAAGCCGCGGAGCUCGCCGAGCGGGUCCGAAGCCUCGAGGGCGAGGUGCUCUCGCGCGACGACGCCGCGCUCUCGCUGCGAUUCGAGGCUGAGCAGGCGUCCGCGCGAGCGGAUCGGCUCCAGCGCCGCGUCGACAGGCUCUUCAAGGACCUCGCCGAGGGCGGCGGCGGCGGCGGCGGCGGCAAGGUAUCCACCGGAAGCGGCAAGGACGCCGCCGGUCGUCACGCGCGACGGGUGCAGGAGCUCGAGGACGUCGUCGAGGCGCUCAAGAAGGUUGUCGAGAAGCAGCAGGGCGAACUCGCGGGUCUGCGCGGGCAGGCGGCGGCUGCUGCGAGGGGUAACGAGCACGCUCGAGCCGCGAAGGAGCUCCGUCUCAAGGUUCGGGACCUGGAGAGCGACAUGGUGGGUUUGCGCAGGGUGGAGAAGGAGCACAAGGAGCUCCUGCAGCGAUCGCAGAAGCUCGAGCUCCAGGUGAAGGAGCUCAAGGAUGAGAUCAAGCGCGGGGGCAAGGGGGCGCGAGCGGCGGCUGACCCAGAGCCCGCGGCGACGAUGUCGCCCGACGACCAAGCCCUGCUCGUCGCCGCGCAGUCGGAGGCUGCGGCCACUUCCCUGCAGCUCAUGGAGACCCGCGAGGCCUUGUCGUUCGCGCGCAUGGAAUCCGACAGAUUGGCGCGCCAGCUGGCGCAGCGGGGCGACGGCGGCGGCGACGACGCGGCGAAGGAGCUUCGCGCGAGAAUCACCGCCGCGGAGGUUGAGAUUAGGCGGCUGCAAAACGAGAACGGGGACCUGCGGGCCGAGCUCGACGCCCUGGACCCGGCGUUCUUCGACGAGGUGAUGGAGAUGAAGAAGGCGUACCACGAGCAGGCGGAGGUUUUGGGUACGUACGAGGAUUUACUGAGGCGGUACUCGUCGCAGCUCGGCGUAGAGUUUACGCCGGCGACGAGAGAUUCGCGAUGA